GACACCACAGCUCGGAUCUUCAUGCGUGGAAAAUGACAGUGGCAGCCAUUCAUCCGUGCUGGUGAUCGUGAAUUACGCGUGGAUCGCCGUGAACCCUCUCCUUUGAGCGCGCAGUGUCUUUUCGUGAUCCACCCCACUGAUCUUGCAGACUGUAAUCUCAUCUGUGUCAAACCGCAGCUGCCCUUUCCCCUCGGACACAUCACUGGGUGUUUGGAUGGCGUUUCUACCCCAACUUUAGAUAAAAACAAUAGAGAAAACUUGACAUCGACUAUUUGGCUGGAUGCGCGUUUGGAUGUGGGCUGAAAUGGAGAUCUGACCGUAUUAAACUUUCAACCAGGGGAAGAUAUGGAUCCAACAAGUAAAGAAAGGCGACUUUUAUUCUUCCUUUUCUUUGCUGUUUGUACAACAUGCGUUUGUUUUGGUUCAAGAAGGUUAAAUAACCGGAGAUCUGACCGCCUGAGUCCUCCGUUAGACAUCCAGCUGGAGGCGCUGAACUGCACCGCCUUCAGCGUACGAUGGAAGAUGCCUCGGAGGCACGUGAGCACAAUCACUGGAUACAAGGUCUUUUACACAGAAAUGAAGAAUGGUCGCCCAGUUGCCACCACCUCCAUCAUGGAGGUGCCACUCAGUUUGGACAUGCUAACCACUGGGCAGUUUGAUGGGCAAGCCAACUUUGAUGUCGACAUUGGCAACCUGAAGAUGAACGCUAAGUACAGAGUGAGUGUUGGAGCUUAUGGCUGGGCAGGAGAAGGUAGACCCAGCAUGCCCAGAGACAUCAGUACAGCUUCACAUGAAAUGUGCAUGCCCCCCUCACCCCCGACCCAGCCAGUUGUCAUAGCCGUAUCAGACACAGAGCUGGCGUUGUCGUGGCAGCAAGGAGAGAGUGAGGGAAGUGCACCUGUUCUUCACUUCCUGGUGGCUUACAUCAGGCCAGAAAUGGACACGGAAUGGACGUACAUCCGAGAGCCCAUUGACACCACCUCCAUGGUUUUAAAAGGGCUAAUGCCAGACACAGAAUACCAGUUUGUUGUCAGAGCUGUCAACAUGCACGGAGUAAGCCCACCUAGCCAAAUCAACAACCCAGUUCGCACACAUGGUAAGGUCAGAUACCGGGGUGGUGAUGCUCAAAUGAUACAAAGAUUUGUUCUGAUGUUUGUGACAGGUACAUCAGAUGUUGCCAGUGGUGAUUUUGGCCGUUACAUUGCCAACUCCGGAAUCGAAGAUGAAGAUGGAUUUGACUUUGACGACUCAGAUUAUGACGUCUUUAUCGAAGAGCUGAAGCCAUUUCCAGGUAUCAGUGAGGGUAACAAGAAAUCUCAACUCCGUUCACACUCUGGUCCUCCAUCUGGUCAAAACGUUGUUUAUCGGAUGAACACUGUAGAGCCCCCGAAUGUCACGGCUCAACCUUUUUCCACAACCCUUGCAUUCAUCUUCUCGGAUUUCACAGAUCUGGUUUUUACAGCCACCGCUGAGCCAAAUAGUGCACCUGACACCAUGACUACGACUCCUUUUACCCCAACCAGCACUCCUGCGUCCACCACUCCAACCAUCUCCCCCUGGCGAGGAGAGGUACCUCGUGUUUAUGAGCUGGACUGUGAGGACACUGUGUGUCCGUCAGACAGUUUCUGUCUCAGUGAUGAUGUGAGCGGAGGUUCACGCUGCCAUUGUAACCUUGGACGCAGAGGGGACACCUGCUCUGAGGUCAUUACAAUUAACUUUCCCAGAUUCUAUGGCUACUCUCACAUGACCUUUGAACCCCUAAAGAAUUCCUACCAGACCUUUCAGAUCACUUUGGAGUUCAAGGCGGAGUCUGUAGAUGGUUUGCUACUUUACUGUGGAGAGAACGAGCACGGCCAUGGUGACUUCAUGUCUUUGGCUUUGGUUCGAGGAAAACUGCACUACAGGUUUAACUGUGGAACUGGACCUGCUCAGAUAGUCAGCGAGAGCCGUAUUGUUCUGGGUCAGUGGCACACGGUGACUGUCUUCAGAGACGGCAUGAAUGGAUGGAUCCGUAUGGACAACGACAACCCGAUAAGUGCACGCUCACAGGGUCAGUACACUAAGAUAACUUUCCGCUCCCCAUUAUAUGUGGGUGGAUCUUCAAGAGCUUACGGGCUGCUCAAAGCAACGGGAGCAAAUCGUGGUUUUGUCGGCUGCCUUCAGAGUCUGACCAUCAACAACAAGGCGACAGACAUCAGGCCAUGGCCUCUGGGCAAAGCGCUGAGUGGAGCUGAUGUUGGUGAAUGCAGCGACAGCGUGUGCGACCUGGUCAGUUGUGCCAACGGAGGCGUUUGCUUUGCAAACCGUGCUGACGACUACAUUUGUUUGUGUGCACUUGGCUACAGGGGAGUGCUUUGUGAGGAGAGUUUUUUACUGUCCUCACCGCUUUUUAAUGAAACCGUGUUUUCAUACGCCGUCAUCCCGUGGCCCCAGUCCUCUCAGAGUUACCUCUCCUUUAUGGAGUUUGAGGUGACGUUCCGGCCGUCAUCGCCCAAUGGGGCGCUCCUGUACAGCGACGAUGCAGAGAGCAGAGACUUCUUGGCUAUCAAUCUGGUCGACGGAUAUGUGGAGUUUAGAUUUGACUGUGGCUCUGGAGAAGCUAUUCUAAGGAGUGAGGAGCAGAUCAGUCUGGACUCAUGGCAUGAACUGAGAGUGUCUCGCACAGCAAAGAGUGGAAUCCUGCAGGUGGACAACCAAAGGCCAGUGGAGGGAAUUGCUGAGGGAGCGUUUACUCAGAUCAACUGCAGCUCCCCCCUCUACGUUGGUGGGGUGCCUGUUUAUGAGAAAACCAAGACGACAGCAAGUGUAAGGAAACCCUUCUCUGGAGUCAUUCAGAAGUUGAUUCUCAAUGACCGCACCAUCCCAAUCACCACCAGCUCUGCUGGUGGAGUUAAUGUUCAAAACUCCGCUCACCCGUGUGUGGAAAGUCCCUGCGCCAAUGGAGGGACCUGCAGGCCUAAGUGGGACAGCUAUGAGUGUGACUGUCCCCUAGGCUAUGACGGGAGGCACUGCCAGAAAGAAUGUGGGAAUUACUGUUUGAACAUUGUUACAGAAGCCAUAGAGAUCCCACAGUUUAUUGGCAGAAGUUACCUGAUCUAUGACAACAGAGACAUUCUUAAAAGAGUUUCUGGCUCCAGGACAAACCUCUUCAUGCGCUUUAAGAGCACGGCUAAGGAAGGUUUGUUGCUCUGGAGAGGAGACAGUCCAAUGAGACCCAACAGUGACUUCCUCUCAAUGGGUCUCCAGGAUGGAGCUCUCAUUUUCAGCUAUAAUUUGGGCAGUGGUGUGGCAAAUAUCACUGUCAAUGGGACUUUCAGCGAUGGAAAGUGGCACAGAGUCAAGGCUGUAAGGGAUGGCCAAUCAGGAAAGCUGACAGUUGAUGACUACGGAGCAAAAACAGGCAGAUCACCCGGCAUGAUGAGACAACUCAACAUCAAUGGACCUUUAUACGUUGGUGGCAUGAAAGAGAUCGCCCUGCACACCAGCAGACAGUAUGUCGGAGGCUUGGUGGGCUGCGUGUCCCAUUUUACUCUCUCCACUGAUUAUCACUUGGCUUUGGUGGAGGACGCGUCAGAUGGCAAGAACAUAAACACCUGUUCCAACUAAAGACAAUCUUCAGUGAAGCACCAGAUGAUGGGGCCCUUUUCCCCACUGGGCCAUCUUGUUUGUCAACUGUUUAGCAGCAUCAAAUAAAACGAAAACCAAA